UUUUAAGAGAUAUCUAUACUCUUUGUGUUGUGGUUUACGGCUCUACAUAAGUUUUGUUUUUCGUUCUCUGUGAGAUUUUUCAAAGUUGGGCUGUAUUUGUAGUGAGGUAUAGCACAAUUAAAAUACACUUUGAUCAGAUAAAGUACAACAAUAAUUUUUUUUUUUCCCCGCACACGGCGCUGGACUUAUUUUGGGCUCAGGGAUUGUAUAGGAACGACAGGUUUGCUCUUUUAAAUCGUGUUAUGCUACUCCGUGCGGAACGAAAGAGAUCCUGAUAUAUAAAGGGCGAGGAACCAGCUGCCGAUCCACGUCUCUGUGCCUCUGUGCUCCCCAGGCGGGAGAGAUGGAAACGGAGGAGGUGUCGGAGGUGCUGCAGCUCUCAGUGGGGGGUCGCCAGUUCACCGCUCGCAGGGAAUCCCUCUGUCGCUUCAAGGACUCCAUGCUCUGCUCCAUGUUCAGCGGAAGGUUCCCCCUGAGGCGUGAUCAGAGCGGGGCAUGUGUGAUUGACCGUGAUGGACAGCUCUUCAAAUUCCUGCUGGACUACCUGCACGGAGAGCUCCACCUCCCCGAGGACGAGGAGACGCGACUGGCCGUGCAGCAGGAAGCGGAUUAUUUCGGGGUGCCGUUCCCUGGCUCUCUAACCGAGCAGCUGGUGAUGGAGCUGGAGGCAGGGGCUCAGCGAGACGGUCUCCCCCUGCGCCAGGCCCUGGGGGAGCUGUGCCAGGCCUACGGGCGGGUGUGCACGGAGCCCGCGGUGUGGGUGCUGCACUACCUAAGCGCCUGCGGAGCCAGCUGCGAGAGCAAGGUGCUGGGGGUGUAUGGGAGCCGGGAGCAGGGCCUGCAGGCCAUGGACAGGCAGCUGGGGGGCAAGGGCACCAGCCGCAGCGUGCACCGCAGGGAGGCAGGAGGCAACAUGCAGUGCAUCUGGAGCUACUACUCCCGCUCCGAGCUGGGCAGGAUGAUGGACGCCUUCGACAGCUGGGAGGGGCGGGGGGUGAGCUUCUGGAGGGUCCCUCAGGAGCUGAUCGAGUGCUGGACCCUGGAGAAACGGCCCCUGCAGGAGAGCCAGGAGCCCUUAUUACCUCAAUACAAAAGGUGGUUCCCUGAUCUGCUGGAGAGGGAAGAAGAAGCGGAGCCAAGUCCCAAGCGCGUGGCCAACAGGAUCACCUUCACCGGGCCAUCCACCAGCACCGCCAUCCGCGUCAGGAAUUCUGGUAUAGCGCGGUCCUCCGACCCCGCUCCGCGCCCCCCGAGAGCCACCCAGGCCCGCUGGCCGCAGCCUCGUGGAGCUCAGAGCCCAGGUGCGCAGCCCGGACACACGGAGAGCCCCCCCGGGGCUGGGCGUGCAGCUGGGCACAGCGGUGGCACAAGCCCGGCGGCGACAGCGAGGCUGGCCCCGCCCCCAGCACGGAGCCGGCAGCCGGACCCGCCCCCGCCCACGGCCAGCCGCCCCGUCCGUCUGAAGAGACCGGCGCUCCCGAGUCGAAACGAGAGGGCGGAGAAGAACGAAGGAGGCGGCCGGUCGUGGCAGGCGGGCGGGGGCGCUGGGCUCGGAGAGACGGGAGAGGGGCAGGAGCCGCCGGCAGCAGGAGGAGACCCGACAGUGAGCCAGCAGGGAGGGGCGCAGGGGACCGAGAGGAACGGAGAAGGCUGACGUGGCGCGUCUUAAACAGCGGCACAAAACAAACAACUUUUGAUCACACGCUCUUUCUUGAGCAACACUGAAAGGACCCGUGUUUGGUGAAAUACAAAGGCAGCCGCUCUGAAAGGAAACGGUUGAUGUGUGUAGGCAGACACAUCCCGUGCGGUUCAGUGUUUUUAGAUUUGCUCAGUGUUACUUCUCUGUCAUCCUUCUCCCUGCUCUCCACUAGAUGUCCCCUUAAUAUCGUUCCUCCAGGAUUCUCCUUCCAGCAUGUUGCUCCUCUGUCUCAGCCCUUGAGUGCCAGUCAGCACCUGGACCAGAAGGCUUUUUCCAUCCCUAAGCUGUAUCACGAGUGCCAAGGAAGAUCUGGGAAGGAUUGCUGUUUCCUGAUUUUAUUCUAACAUUCUUUUAAUUUUAACCCUGCAAUAUGAAGAACUAAAAUCUUCUUCCUGGUGGAACUUUCUAAAUGUGGCCGUUAUCCGUUUUUCCAGUAUUUGAAGUUACUUCAGCAAGGGAGAUGUUUCACUUUCUCACAGUGUAGUUGAUUGUCUUGGUGCACCGCUGUUCCAUAUCAAGAGGAACUUAACUAUUAAGACAGCUAAGUCAUCUCAUGGUGUUUCAAUAGUUGUGAACAUUUUGAAUAUGUAAUGCAAUAAUUGUUGUUUCUCACUGAAACUAUAUCAAUGAAGAGGCUGUAACGCACAGACAAUGUGAUGUAAGGUGUUUUAAACAAGUUGAAGCCUCUCUGCACACAAUUCUGAGUUAUACCUCAGUGUGUCUGUUUGCCUGUUACUGUAUGAGGUGGACUUCUCGGACAUUUAUAUCCAUAACAUUUUUCUCCAGAUAAUUUUUGGACAUUUUUUUUUAUAUUUUAAUGAUUUUCUUCUGCCACUAACAGUGUAUUUGUGAGGCAGUUGAUUCUUCUUGGGAAAUAAAGCAGUUCUGAAACUAAAGUCCAACUAUUCAGAGGUUCUAAUGCUGUUUUGCUUUGCAGCUGAUCUGAGCUCCUGUCACCUGUGUGGUACUUGAUUUUGUAACCAGGUGUUUUUAUGUUCUCUACAGUGUAGCACUAAUGAGCAGUUCGAUUUUUUGGAUCACACUUUUUCUUUGCUGUAAUUAAUGUAACUACUGUAUUUGUAUGCAAUGAAAAUAGACCGAUAACCUGAAUCUGAGGGGUAGCAGUAGAGUAGAGAUUUAGACUUGCAGGUUGAGGGUUCAAAUCCCUGCUUUUCUUGAGCAAGGUACUUCAGUCAGGUCUCUUUAGUAAUUACUCUUUUUUAUACAUGUAUGGUUGAAAACUGCUUUGGAUAAAAAUAAAGGCCAUACAAAUUAGUGAUAA